AGACGAUGGCCGGUUCAGGGUACGCCUUGCUUGCCUUGGUGUCGCUGUCUUGCCUCACGAAUUCACCGGUGGGAGCUAACAAGGCUUUGACGAGACCAACAGAGGCAGAAGCUACAUCUAGUACGACGGGAACACAGCUGAGGAACUACGUCUUAGAGGUUCUCUCUGGGAUGCGAGUCAAGAAUGUGGUCAUUAUCACCUCGCAGUCUUUUGAUGUGAAUGACGUAAUGGCGAGCAUGUGGCAGCACGGACUUACUGCCGAGAUCUUUCGUGUCUCUCAAGAUGCUGACCAAAGCAACAAUCCAGCCAAGUUUCACAACAAGACAGCUAAAGAGGAAAGAUUCACGUGGGAGAGUGUGAACUGGAAGUUUCUGGACGGGAGGGGCCCAGUGCAUAAAUCGGAAACGGCUACUGUUGUGUUGGGCCCAGCCACAUGGGCCGUCAUGUCUGCUAUUGAGGUCGUAUCACGGUUUGUCCUUGGAAGGUGGGACUCGUUGCUCGUGGUCCCCGUUGGAGAAGCCAGUGAUAUCUACGAGCUUCCCCAACACGUACAGCUGGGGACACGUGUGGCUGUGAUACAACAGCGUCCUCGUCGAGAGCAGGAUGAAAAGCAGCAGCGAUGUAGCGGUACGGUGAAGGAGGCGCGUCUGGUGGGUCCUAGACUGUACGCAUUACACUCGGUUGGAUGUUGGCGUAAUGGCCAACUCUCCCUAGAACCCCAUUUUCUUCGCCCCAUCAACUCCUUCAUGGGUUCCACGCUAAAGGCUGGAACGCUUAAGGGCAUUCAAGAUGUCAUAAUAAAACAUGACGGGGACAAGGUUGUCUAUGACGGCGUUCUCGGGAGUUUUUUUAUGCAUGUUAACGCCAACCUCAACAUUUCCAUGGAAUUCUUUGAACACGCAACUGUGGGCGGUUUGGAGCCAGACGGGACGGCCUCAGGUUUGUUAGGAGCGCUGUACACAAGAUCCGCCGAUUUUUGUGCGGUCACCCUCUCUAUGAUACCUGCGAGGGCACAGGUCAUAGAAUACAGCAUAUGUUUCCUCGUGUAUGCAGCCAAAUUCAUGACAAAACUUCCGCAGGCCAUGGAGGACCAAUUCCUGCUGUUCAAGAUUUUCAGAUGGCAGGUCUGGUGCAGUAUUCUCGGGUUUUUGUGUCUUUCCUCCAUCAUAUUAACGAUGGUUUGGGGUCUUCUGGAAAGGGAGAACUCGCUGGCGUCGACGAGUACGAAACACAUCCGUUAUGCCGUUACUGCGACCUUCAAGGCAUCAGUCUACAUGGGAUCCUCUCACCUGCCCAAGAGCUCUUCGGCAAGAAUAAUCAUGACCUGCACGUGGCUUGUGGUGAUCAUGUUGGUAACAGUUUACAGUGGAAACCUGACUGCCUUCCUCUCCAUCCCACGCAUGUCCAGGGUGCCCAACACGGUCAGGGAGAUGAUCGACAUGGGGUAUGACAUGUCCAUCGGCAAAGGAUACUCACAGUAUAACAAAAUGAAGUCAUCCCCGAUCGAGGACCAUCAGUAUAUCUUCCGGACCGCUCGGUUUCGCCAAGAUGUAGGCCUCACUCCUGACCAAAGAGUCGUGCAGGAAGUUCUCACCGAGCGUGUCGCUCUCUUGGUGAGCAUCGUAGGAAUAGCUGAUGUACAGGACGCGAAUUCUGAAACAGUUGGCGCCGAGCAAGUGUGUCGUCUGAAGGCAGGCACGGAGCCACUCUUCAUCCAGUACGGUGCCAUAGCCUACUCUCAGAAUUCUCCUCUGAAGGAACUCAUGGACAGACAACUACUGCUGGUGAUGAGCGGCGACCUCGUCAAAUAUCCUCCUCCUAAGUGCCGUUCUGACAUACAAGUUCAAAAGGAAAAGCAACCUUUGGGAAUCGUCAUUGUGAGCGGCGUCCUCACUCUGUGGGCGGUCGGCAUCGUCCUGUCUGUUCUCCUUUUCCUUGUGGAGAUUACCUUCUAUGCAAGCACCUCGGACUGAAGGGCACUUUUGCUCGCUCGCUCUCGCCGGGACCAGAACGAUGCACUGUCACCCGCACUGUCAGUUCUUGCAGAGACUUUCGAGAUGAUUUGAAUGUACGAGACCUUGAUACUGACUUCAACAUCGAAAUGACCCUUAUUUUCUUAAGCACAGGGAAUUGUUUUUAAUAAAAAUUGUCAUAAGCAAAGUCACUUCAGCAUAAUAGUGACAUUUCCUGCAAAACCAGUAUUGUUUUUUUCCAGACAAUACGGUUACGGAUCUCUUUCCAUUGGUUUUGUCUUGACACACUCAGAAAUGUGCUAUUAAUUGGAGAAUAACAAUGUAAUCCAUAGGCUGUAAUAACUGUUUGUUUUUGCAAUUACAAUACCUUUGUCAUUAUGUCCACUCGUAUACUGGUCGUACUGACAGUUUUAAUUUCCGAUAUGCAUCUUCACAACCUUAGGUGUUGGUCUCUGAACACUUGGCAAGGAAAAUGAUUCGGGCACUUAUAAACAUAUCUCAAUCU